CGCGCGUGCACACCGGCAGCAUGAUCGGCGAGUGGGAGCUGACAGGUGUUCAGAAGCAGAUCUCCUUUGGGUCAUGUCAAAAACGGAAAUUGUUCCCUCUCCACCAUGCCCCAGACAGGCUUGGGAUCCAGCUGGUACCUAUCAGAGGAGACCCUUGGCUCGGGCCAGGCCGUUAUCAGAAUCACAAGAAAAGCAGCCUGGUAUACUCCUUGGCUCACAAGCCACAAAGCAAGAAAGGCUACGUGAUAGGAGCAAGAACAGCCCAACGUUUCAUACCAGAGCCACAGACUGUGACUCCUGGCCCAGGAAUGUACCAGUCAUGGUGGAAGAAAGAGAGAAAAUGCCAGCCUGCCUAUGCCCCAUUUUCCAUUAAGUCACCACGAUUUCCAGAUAAGCCUUUGGAAAGAGAAUUUUUCCCUGGACCUGGAAGUUAUGAAGCAGACAAGCUAUUACACAAAAAAAUCACCUGGCCGAUGAAGUUUGGGUCUCCAGACUGGUCUUUAGUGCCAAUGCCAGUGAAGAGGACGCUAAGAGGAGAGCUGAUCUCGGACAGGGAAUUCAGGAAGCACCUGAACCGGAUGGCCUACCUGAGUUUAUACUACGGCUGAGCCGUCCAGGCCGC